UUCUAGAGUGGACAAACUUGGAAAAUGUCUGCACUCUACUCUGGAAUCCACAUAAAACUGAAAAAUGCCAAAAUCCCAUGGGAAGACAAAAUAAAACUAGCUCAUUUUGCUUGGAUUUCUCAUCAGUGUUUUCUCCCAAAUAAGGAACAGGUCUUACUUGACUGGGUCUGCCAUGCUUUGGUUGGAUUUCAUUCCAAGAAACUGAAUCUGGAAGGAGAUGUUCAGCAGAAGCUCUGGAGUUUUCUGGACAGCAUUUUACGUAGUAAAAGGUUGGAAUGUGUAGUG